UAUUGCUGGUGCUCAAACAGAAAAUGGCUUCACUAUCUGAAGAUGAUUUUUCUUGUCGCUUGUGUAAGGAAAUCUUCAAGGAUCCUGUUCUUCUGACAUGUAGUCACAGUUUCUGUAAAGAGUGUAUUCAACAGUUCUGGAGAACCAAGAACACUCAGGAGUGUCCUGUCUGCCGGAGAAGAUCCUCAAGAGAUGAUCCUCCAUGUAACCUUGCAUUGAAGAACUUGUGUGAGUCGUUCCUGAAGGAGAGAAAUGAGAGGUGCUCAUCAACGUCUGAGGAGAUCUGCCGUUUACACAGAGAGAAACUCAAACUCUUCUGUCUGGAGGACAAACAGCCUGUGUGUGUCGUGUGUAUUAAUUCACAGAAACACCUCAAUCACACAUUCAGACCCAUCAGUGAAGUGGUUUCAUCAUACAAGGAGGAGCUCAAUACAGCACUAAAGUCCUUACAAGAGAAACUGAAACACAAUAAAAACAUUAAAGACACGUUCACAAGAAAGAAAACCGUUCAACAAAUCAAGUCUCAAGCUGAGCACACAGAGCGUCAGAUUAAACAGCAGUUUGAGAAGCUUCAUCAGUUCCUCAGAGAUGAAGAAAAAGCUACAAUCACUGCACUGAGAGAGGAAGAGGAGCAGAAGAAGCGGAUGAUGAAGGAGAAGACAAAGGAGAUGGACAGACACAUCUCAGAUCUUUCACACGCAAUCAAAGACAUGGAGCAGAUGAUGAGAGCCAAUGACGUCUGCUUUCUGAAGGAGUUUCCAGUCUCAAUGGAAAGAGUCCAGAUCUCACAGCUGGAUCCACAGAUGGCUUCUGGAGCUUUGAUUCAUGUGCCACGAUACUUGGGCAACCUGCCGUUCAGAGUCUGGACGAAGAUGCAGGACAUCGUCCAAAACACUCCUGUGAUUCUGGAUCCAAACUCGGCUCAUCCACGUCUUGUCCUGUCUGAUGAUCUGACCAUACCUGUUGAUUGUGUCUCAUCAGCUCCUGUGAUUCUGGAUCCAAACUCGGCUCAUCCACGUCUUGUCCUGUCUGAUGAUCUGACCAGUGUGAGAAACAGCAGAAACAAACAACCUCUUCCUGAUAAUCCAGAGAGAUUUGACUCUCAUUACUGUGUUCUGGGUUCAGAGGGCUAUAACUCAGGAACACACAGCUGGGAUGUGGAGGUUAAAGAGAGUCAAUACUGGAGUCUUGGAGUAACUACAGCAUCAAACCAGAGGAAGGGAGGUGAUUUCUUUAACACUGAUGUCUGGAGUGUGGAGUAUGACCCAUAUGGACAGUCGCGUGGUGUUUGUGUUGUACAGAAGCUUGAGCGUGUGAGAGUUGAUCUGGAUUAUGACAGAGGAACGGUGUCAUUCUCUGAUCCUGUAACUAACACACAUCUACACACAUUCACAACCACCUUCACUGACACACUCUUUCCAUUCUUCUGGUGUUGGAUUGACUCUCUGAGGAUCUUACCGGUCAAUAGUCAUUAAAAAUGCUUUCUUCUG